CAGUGGCGGCAGCGGCGGCGACGGCAGUAACGGCGGCGGCUACAGCGGGGACGCGAGCGGGGCGGUGACGGUGUGGGAGGUGGUCUCACUCUUGGGGAAACUACUGGGCACCGUCGCCACGCUGAAGGUGAUUCUGUACCUGCUCCGAGUGUGCUUAGCGAUGGCCUGGAAAUCCGGCGGCGCCAGCCACUCGGAGCUAAUCCACAAUCUCCGCAAAAAUGGAAUCAUCAAGACAGAUAAAGUAUUUGAAGUGAUGCUGGCUACAGACCGCUCCCACUAUGCAAAAUGUAACCCUUACAUGGAUUCUCCACAAUCAAUAGGUUUCCAAGCAACAAUCAGUGCUCCACACAUGCAUGCAUACGCACUAGAACUUCUGUUUGAUCAAUUGCAUGAAGGAGCUAAAGCUCUUGAUGUAGGAUCUGGAAGUGGAAUCCUUACUGCAUGUUUUGCACGUAUGGUUGGAUGUAGUGGAAAAGUCAUAGGAAUUGAUCACAUUAAAGAGCUAGUAGAUGACUCAAUAAAUAAUGUCAGGAAGGAUGAUCCAACACCUCUGUCUUCAGGGAGAGUACAACUUGUUGUGGGAGAUGGAAGAAUGGGGUAUGCUGAAGAAGCCCCUUACGAUGCCAUUCACGUAGGAGCUGCAGCCCCUGUUGUACCCCAGGCGCUAAUAGACCAGUUAAAGCCUGGUGGAAGAUUGAUAUUGCCAGUUGGUCCUGCAGGUGGAAACCAAAUGUUGGAGCAGUAUGACAAGCUACAAGAUGGCAGCGUCAAAAUGAAGCCUCUGAUGGGGGUGAUAUACGUGCCUUUAACAGAUAAAGAAAAGCAGUGGUCCAGGGAUGAAUUGUAAAGGCAACAUCAGCUUGACCAGUCUAUAAAAUUACAGUGGAUUGCUCAUCUCAGUCCUCAAAGCUUUUUGAAAACCAACACCAUCACAGCUUGUUUCGGACUUUGUUACACUGUUCUUUUCAGCAUGAAAAUGUGUGUUUUUUUAGGGUUUCUGAUUUUUCAAAGAGGCACAGAGCCAUGUUGGUAGAGGAAGGAUACACAGUACAAAUGUGUGUUAUUACUUUAACAUGCCCAUAUUUUACUUGGAAGUAUUAAAAGGAAGGGUUCUGCAGAAUGGAAAA